AUGAUGCACCAGAGGGAGACGGCGUCGCGCACUCACAAGGCCAAGAUGGAGCGGCUCUUUCAAGCUGGGGACGCCGAUGGCGACGGGUGUUUGUGCAGGGAGGAGUUCCUAGAGCUGACGCAGAACGCGGAGGUCAAAAUUUGGUUGCUGUCCAUGGGGCUUGACGCUGCGGACGGGGACGCCCUGUUCGACCUCAUCGACGCAAACGGGGACGGCAGACUGAGCGUCUGCGAGUUGGUUGAAGGGGUGUCGAAGUUGAAGGGAGGGGCGAGGAGCCUGGACUUGCUGUCGUGCCUGAGGAGGCAGGACAAGCUAUACCAGAGGCUGCUGGGCAUCCAGCCAGGGAUGGCACCUGCCUCCGCCUCAGCCUGCAAAGACGUCGCGUGCAUCGCGAUCGCCGCUGACAAAGACGGGGCUGAUGACAUUUCGGGCGACCCCAAGCAGGUGCCAGUGCCUGACGCGUCAUGCAGAGGGACUGGCCCAGAAUCGAUACGUGCUCCUUCUCUGUGCCAAAUGUCCACAGAGGAGUAG